UUCAUAAGGUUGGGAAGGGACACCAUAAACGACUGUGCUCAGCAACAGAUUUUUUUCGUCCCACUUACCUUAAACGACGACUGUUUCAGACAAACGGUGCCGGUUGGUGGUGCCGCCUUUACCGAUCUCAAAAACUACGUUUUAUCCAUCAUUCUCUUAAAACCAAAUUCCUCCUUCCUCUGUAUUCACAAACCCUAAUUCAGAAGACAAAAGGUCGCUUUCUUCACCAUCAUUAGCGCGAUUGGACAUUUGUAAUGUGGAGAUUCUUUGACUGAAAUAUUAAUGAGGGAUCAAGUUAUUUAAAGUGCUGACAUAACUUAUUGGGGAAGGAUGGAGUAACUUCAUGAAGCACCGUGUAAAAAGAAAAUGGCAUCUUCUUCAGACUCUUGGAUGAAGGAAUAUAAUGAAGCUGUAAAACUUGCUGAUGAUAUCACUGGUAUGAUUGCUGAACGGAGUUCGUUUCCUGCAUCUGGACCUGAAACCCAGCGGCAUGGAUCUGCUAUAAGAAGGAAGAUUACGAUAUUAGGGACCAGGCUUGAUAGCUUGCAAUCUCUUUUGUCAAAGGUCCCUGCGAAAACUGAGAAGGAGAUGAAUCGUCGCAAGGAUAUGCUUGGAAACUUGAGGACCAAAGUUAACCAAAUGGCUUCAACAUUAAACAUGUCAAGCUUUGCAAAUAGGGAUAGUUUGCUUGGGCCAGAAAUAAAAUCAGAUGCAAUGAGCAGAACUGUUGGCCUGGACAACAGUGGACUAGUUGGUCUUCAACGGCAAAUUAUGAAAGAACAAGACGAUGGCCUUGAGAAAUUGGAGGAGACUGUAAUCAGUACUAAACAUAUUGCGUUGGCAGUGAAUGAAGAGCUGGAUCUACACACCAGACUCAUUGAUGACUUAGACGAACAUGUAGAUGUUACAGAUUCCCGGCUGAGGCGAGUGCAAAAGAACUUGGCAGUUUUGAACAAACGUACCAAGGGUGGUUGCUCCUGCUUGUGCAUGCUUCUAUCAGUGAUCGGUAUAGUGGUUUUGGUUGUUGUCAUAUGGCUGUUGAUCAAAUAUUUGUAAAGAUAAAAAUACCCAACUCGUGAACUUUCUCUCUUUUUUAUGUUUCUAAAUGUGUGCAUUGAAACAUGGCAACGUGUUUCUUUUCUUCUUUUUUUUCACUCGGUGUUUUGGCAAUGACAGGAAUUUACUAAGGUGUUGAAAGGUUUUAUUUUGUAAUUCUCAGUUUUAAAGUUUUGCCGUUGAGUGUUUCUGUUGUAAAAAUCAUUAUAUCGAAAGUGACUUCCUUUAAUGACUUAAGCCAAUUUGAGCUUUUUGGAGCA